CAGCCGAAGGUUAAACGGCCUUGCCGUCGGCCCCCUGGCUCUAAAACCAAGCUGUGGUGGAGAUUUAGGCCGCCAGGGCGGAGCGGAGGCGGUGAACAUCCUGCUCCCGGGCCAGACAUGUAUUAGAGGAGGCGAAGGGUCAGGCCUCUGGAAGAUGAAAGUUCUCGAGAAGCUGGAAGAAGGCGUGAGUAACACCGACGUGGGGCCGUGCACACCCUUAAGCAAAACGAGAAGGCCGUCGGGGCCAGCAUGGAGAGUUUUUCGCGCGUCUGCUCCUAGGUGCUGUGCAUUCCCAAGGAUGUAAACGUCGAGAAAAUGGAAACUUCAGUUAAUCUUUUGGGUCUAGGAUUGGCGGCGGCGGGGGGGAGGGGGGCGCGAGCCCGCGAUUUCUGUCGCUGAAGGCUGUCCGCAGCCAGGCCAAACAGGUUUACAUGCAACUGCUGGAACAUGCAACUGGCGAGGACAACCCAGAUGAGUUUCAUGCGAGCAAGGGAUGGUUUGAGAAGUUUAGAAAUUACUAGAGACUGCGAAAUUCGAGUUUGAUGGAAGAUCCAUUAAAUACCCAGUCACCACCCACGUAUUCCAAGCAACUCUAGAAACUGAUCAGAGCUAGAGGCUUUAACCUCAAUAGGUCUUCACCAUCAAGGAAAUGACUCUGCUUUGGAAGUGCUUGCCUUUGUGUACUUUUUGGGGAAAAGACAGAAAUCCGGGAAACUCAGAACGCUAAGGACAGAUUUCCCUUAGAUUUUGUGCCUGUGCUGCAGGUGACAAAAUGAAUAACCCGUUGUUGCUUUAUGAAGAUCCCAAAUUCCACUUGUUUUAUGAAAAAAGAUAUAAAAUGCUUUCUCGUCUUUCUGGCGAUCACUAACCUUAUCGUUAACAGCUACCCUCAUUUUGGAUUAGCUCCAUAAUGGUUUUAUUCUUUGAGCCUGGAAUUAUUUAACUUCCCCAAAUCUUGCUUUCAGAGUAUAGCUAAUAGUGAUCCCAGUCACCCAGACUCAUUAUUCCUUGCUCAUCCCCACGUUGUUACUAUGUUUCUCUGUCUGGAAUGCAGUAGCUAUCUUUAGCCUUUGGAUCAGAGUAUAAUUGAAGCAUUCAUGGGGUAUUACACCAGGCAUAUGUUUGACCACUUUGCCCAUGGUAUUGGAAAAAAAACAAAAACCCUUUUCUCACUUUAAAAGAAACAUGGCAACAAUUUAACACUGCUGUUGCUUCGGUAGUAAUAAAAGAGGUGAUGGAUGAUAAGAAAAACCAGAUGCUCUUGAUAAAGCUUGGUGGAAGCUUUGCUAUGAUGUUAUGAAUGAUUAUGCAUAUUUCCCUGGAGCUAAAGAGGCUGAAAAAAAAUCAUAGUCUGCAAAUUGGAUGGGCUUUAAAUUCAUCAAUAUGAAACUUAAGUUUCAAGCUUUGGCAGUAACAGAGAGUCUGUGUCUUGAGAUGAUAGAUACAUGUUUGAACCUUGAGAGGGAGAAGGCAGAUCUUUGGAACCAGAGAUUAAGAUGAACCUAAGGAAACAAUGCUGUCCUACACCAGGUGUCAGACCUCAUCUGUGCUGCGACUCAUAUGGAUUCUUUCCUGGAUCGAGGUUUGGCCUUUAAAAGAGACUUCAAUAAAUUGCUGUAUACUUAUAGAAGAGGUGCAAAACGAACCUUCAAAAUAAAGUAGAGGAGCUGAAGAAAGAGAAGGAAGUUACAAACAGUAUUGUGGAUGAAAGAGGGGUACAGAAUCUGACUCUGAAGUCUGAGUUCCCCUCUGAAUCCAGUAAGGAGGAGGAAAGAGAGAAGGGAAGAUGUCCCCAGAAGAGCCUGUGAUCUCAGGUGGUGGCACUGAGGCCCUUACUAGAGCUGAAGGAUCUGCCAGGGCCAUAAAUGCAGAAUUGGACGUUUGGAAUCUGACCUUGGAAUUGACUCUGAAGAGAGCAGAGGUGCCUGAGUUGAAGGAAGAAGAGAAUCCAGAGGUGGUUUCUUCCAGAUAGCAGUUCAUCCCUUGCCAUCCUUUGCCCCAACGUCACCUUCAUCAUGACCAUCCUUAUCACUAGUCACACAUCCGUAUCAUUUAGUCAUUCAACAAAUAUUUAUUGAACAUAAUCUGUGCAGGAAGCUGUGCUAAAUUCUGGGACAUCAUCUCAGGAUCUAAGCCUCCUUCCGGCCAGCCUGGCUGGGACCUGGCCGGGCAGUGGGGCAGGCAGCAGGUGGAUAGAGGAGAGGGGGCUCAGGCCCUUCGAGCCCACCCAUCCGCCAGCGACUUUCCCUCAGGCUGCAGUUCCCAUAGCCUCUGCUGGCUUAGUCACCAGCGACACCAUGGACAGGCUGGGCUCACGGUGCCCUCUGCCAGGCUACGCACGGCCCUCUAUCCUGAUAUGCCUCUUGAUCCUGACAGCCUGUCUCCUGACACACCCCGUGCUCAGGACCCUCAGCCUGCAGCUCCUCUCCGUUGUCACUGGCAGCUAUGUGUCCGGCACGCACUCCAUUGUUUUUGUCAACUGUCCCAACGAGCAGAUUGCCAGAGAUAUUGCCAGGGCCAUACUGGAUAAGAAGCUGGCUGCCUCUGUGAACAUCCUGCCGAAGGCCUCCUCACUAUACUAUUGGAAUGGAGAAAUAGAAGAAGCCACUGAGGUCCUGUUGUUAAUAAAGACAAAGACUUCCAAGAUCCAUAUGCUUUCCAGCUACAUCAGGUCGGUGCAUCCUUUUGAAAUCCCAGAGCUCUUCAGUCUUCCCAUGGACCAAGGAGAUGCGCACUAUUUACGGUGGCUGGAGGAGGCCUUGGAGGAGUGAGUGGGGCCUUCUGUGCCUCCUGCUGGGUGCUCUAGCCAUCAUUAUCUGUUCUCUGGCCAAAGGGCGGCUUCUGUCUGCCUCCUCGCAUCUCUGGAUUCCAUGCUUUUAUCAGCACAGAGGACCUAAGUAACUUGUGGAGGGUGAAGGUCCAAGACCCCUGAGGCUAGAAGAGGAUGCUGGGCCAGUCAGGCCAAGCAAGGACCCAGUGGAACUUGUCUCUGAGUGCCUCAUGCAUAAAGGUGGCCAGGAGUGGCAAGGUCGCAGUGAGGGUGAAGCUGGUCUUCUGUAAGUUCAUUGAGCCUAAACUGAGUGCCAAGUAUGUUAUUACUGUCCUGCUUCUGAUGAGGAAUGACCUGAUGACCUGUCACCCAGAAGUGUGUGGGGGUGAAGGUCACCUUCUAGGGGAGCUGGAAGCACUCUAUCCAAAAGGAUGAAUCGCUAAUGGUGGAAUGUCAGGGACAAGCAGGUUUAUUUCCUCUAGCUGAAGGUAAUGUUUGUAACUCCUGAGUCCUGAGGAAGUGGGCCUGGGAAUGGGCUUCCUGAGUGCAGGGAGGGCUGGGGAGGGCUCAGACACAGCCUCAAGGACUGAGAGCUGGCCUUGACUCUCUCCUCGCCCGAAGGUGACAGACGUCAGAUAGCUGCGGUGCCCUGCUCAGCAGAGACAGGGGUUCUGAGCCCACCAUACCCACCUUCCCACGUGAGCACUGAAACGAGCGUCCUAAAGUGGGAAGAACCCAGGGGAACUGCCGGGUCAGUGUUUUCCAGACUGGCUCCACAGAACCCCAGGGGUUCGCCGGAGGUGCCCUGAGAGCGCCUCAUGCUGCGGCCAGUGCAGCCGUGCUUUUAUUAUUAAUUUUUAUGUAUUGAGCUAAGUUUUUGUUGUUACAAGUUUGUAAGCCAGUCUUACAGAUUUUGUAAGGUCCAAGACCCCUGAGACUGGAAGAGAAUGCUGGGCCAGUCAGUCCAAGCAAGGACCUGGUGGAACCUAUAAAGCCAGUUUUAUAGAUGACUAAAAGGAAUUGAACUGCCCUGAGGUCCAGAAAAGGGGCGGCUCCUGUUCCAGAGGGGACAGCCAAGGCUGCUCCUUCCGUCUGCUGCCCUCCUAACCCUGCUCCGUGGGGCUGGUGGAGGAGCCCCGGGGGGUGAGGGGAGAACCUGACCUAGGCCGCCUCACAGCUCUGCCACAGGGUGACCCCGCCUCAGGGCCCUUGGGAGCCUUGCCCCAGCUCACUUUUCCACUGCCACCUUCCACCCAUGGGUGGCUCUGGUGUGCCAGGCUGUUACCGUUUCCGGCCACCGCCUCCGCCUGAGCACGCUCUGCACAAGUGUCCGAGAAGUCUGACUGCCCCCCUGCAGGCCUGGCGUCCAGGUGGAGGGCUCUCCCCUGCCCUGCCGUCCUGCUGUCUCUGCGCAUCACGGUCGGCCUCCGCUCUCUAGACUGUGCGCUGCUCGAGGGGAGGGGCACGCUCAGAGCUGCUUGGCCUCCUGCACGCGGUUCGGCAUGUAUUUCCCAAAUUGAUGUUUCAAGGAUUCAAAUAACUAAAGCUUUCUCUACUUUCCACAGUUACUGUCUCAUUUACCAGGUUGGCAAAAUCCAAUUAUUUUUUUCCGUGAACUUCUUAAAGUGGGAUUAAUUCCAGAGGAGGUUUCCUGUCCCUGGCUGUCACCGGUUCACUUUCUGUGCUGAGUGUGCUUUGAAAACUCUUCCCUGGUGGCCUGCCUUUGCCUCAGUGUCACGCUGACCAUAGGAAAUGCAGGCGGAACACAGCUCUCUGCAGGUGCUGUCCUAGACCGACACUUAUCCUUGUAACCCAGGUUACCCGCAUUUUCCAGUUGAAACCUGAGAUUGGAGAGCAGACAUGCUUAAAAUAAGUGGCAAAACUAGGCUUUGAAACCAAGUCUCUGACUCUAAAUCUGAUGCUCUUACGGUCUCUUUUAAAGAGGCUGGAUAUAUCUCUUUGUAGGCCAAAGAACCUGCUAUAGCCAUCUCUAAGGAAGAGCUGUUCAUUCCUAAAAUGUCCACCUUAACAGUGUGGUAGCUUGGUAUAUUAUGUGGUUUACCUCUCCCCACAGAUCUGGAGGUUAGUGAUAAUAUCUUCAUUCCAUAGAUGAGGGAAUAGAUUGAGAGGUACUUAAUGAUUUUUAGGAGUUUGCCCAACUGUACCACACCGUCCUCCUCAAUGAUGCUGUGGGAGCUGGGGCUAGACAUGAGGGUUUCCACCUGGGAAUGCCUUCCCAGUACUUCUCAGGAAACAUGGUUUUUGACUCCAGAACCUUGAGAGAGUCCAUUGAGGAAAUGAGAAGUAGCAGUAAAAAAAUAUCCAUGAAUACUGAAGCUUAAAGGCAUAAAGGUGCUACUGGUUUGAAGGAAGCCAUCUCCGUCAAAAAAAACUAGAGUAAGAAACGGUUGCUUAUACGGAGUUGAGCAUACAGUUACCCAACCAGGACAGGAGUGCAGAAGAGAAGUGGUUUCCACCUACUUUUGCCUGGGGUUGUCUAGCCCUGUCUGCUGCAGACCCUGAGUUAUUCCUGCAAAUAAGAUAAAUGUAUACAUGUAGUAUGCUUUAUACAAAUCCUGUGAGUGGUAUUCUAAGAAAUAAGUUUUGCAAGUAAAAUAAAUUCUUAAUUUGGCAAUUCUGA